UCCAACAUUUUCGUGCUAACUUUCAGCUCAAGCUUCAACUUCACUGUCGGUCUCUAUACAGUCCGGGGGAUGCAAACACCUAUACAGCCUGCUGAUGGAUUGUGCUUGAUGCUGACAAGACUUCUGUAAGCUCUCCACGAUCACAUGUCUGCUGACGUGAAGUGGUUCGGCCAGAUGCAGUCAGCACAUACAACGUUUUGGAGUCUUCGUUCCGUUUUGAUUGGCUAAACAAGAUAUGGACUCAUGAGUUCUAAGACCUAGUGGCCUGGAUGCUUGCAAAGGAUGGUGGUGCGAGUUUCGAAGCCACCAUAGAAAUCCGAGGAGAAGUGUAAUCUGACUGGUCAGGAGCUCGAGGCAUUUCGUCUGUUCCCGCCUGCCCAUGUACAAUAUAUAUACGACCGUGGAACGUCUUGGGUUCUUCUGGCUUUUGUGGUCGAUUCUACCGCAACAAAUUCAUCGUACUCUGUCUAAGAUGUCUGGAACUGAUAUUAAACCACCCCUUCCGCCUUUCACAGCUGAGACCGCGCUCAGGAAAGUGAAAAUGGCUCAGGACCUAUGGAAUACUAGGGACCCUGAGAAGGUCGUUCUUGCGUACAAUUCUGACACAAUCUGGCGAAACCGCGAUCAGUUCAUGCGCGGACAUGAAGAAGUUAAGGAAUUCCUUCGUAAGAAAUGGGAGAAGGAGAACGGAUAUAGGCUAAGGAAGGAUCUCUUUGCAUUCACGGAUAACAAGAUCGCCGUUCAGUUCUUCUAUGAAUGGUUCGACACUAAGGAGGACGGUAGCAGGCAAUGGUAUCGUACGUAUGGUCUCGAGGUAAGCAUAAUUCCGAUUCAUGUCCUCUUCUCUUCACUAGUUUUAAAUUUGUGUCAGGAUUGGACUUUCGGUGAUGACGGCAGGAUGCGUAAACGCCAAAUGAGCGGAAACGAUGUCCCUAUCACGGAAGAGGAGCGUUGGUUCAAAGACGGCGUUGAUGUCAACUCUCUGGACAUCUCAGAGAAACAUCUCUGACUGUUCUUUCCGGCCUUCUCGUGUUCUAAGCAUGUUUUGUAAUGUUAUUACAACGGCAUCCACCACACAAUAUCACUAAAAUACUACCGAUUAGGUCGCAGUUCGCUCUAGUUCGCCCGAGAUGCCACUCUUGCCACGUCGUGCAUGUCGUGCAUGUCUUGCAGGUCUGGUUACAGUUACAGUAUAAAUGUUGCUGACAAUGCAGAACAACGUCGCCGCGGAUAUACUCAACUCAUUUGUUGGCAAUUUCGGAUGCUCUGGGUACCGCUAGAACAAUGUUGCCCUUCCGGCCCGUCACCUAAUCCAUUCGAUCGUUUGCCUAGAUCUUCCUGUCCCUGUCUUUUUAUUAUAUACCAACCCAUAAUCUUCUGAACGCUUUCUGGUCUAUCGAAACCACAAACCAAAGAAACGUCUGCCAUCAGCAGUUGCUUUACAUCC